CCAGCGGUCAUGCGCAUAACAGGUGAAAAAGAACGUUGCUCAAAAUCAUCAGUCUAAAAUUAGAAACCGAAACACUUGGCUUGCAAAAUAAACGCUAUACACCUCUACCGAUCGCUGAAUGCUUCAACUACGAUUUUCAUCAACCAGUUGUGGAUGAUUUGACCUAAUUUCCCUGUAGUCUUAUGGCCAACAAAAGGCAGAGGAGAUAAUGAAGCUGAAUGCGACAUUUUCUUCGCCAACAAACCACAGUACUCCACAAGCUUUUGUCACUCAAGAAAUAUUCUUCCAAACAGCCGCUGCUCGAGGGAUUUCUGGAUUUUUCGUGUGGUCAGCUCUUCUUAUCACGUGUUAUCAGAUCUAUCAGCACUUACGCUAUUAUACAAACCCAAGUGAGCAGAGAUGGAUUGUACGGAUCCUGUUCAUAGUUCCUAUUUAUGCUUUUGACUCAUGGCUUAGCCUUCUCUUUUUUGAACAGUCAUACUAUGUAUACUUUGACAGUGUUCGAGAUUGCUAUGAAGCAUUUGUGAUCUAUAACUUCUUGAGCCUGUGCUAUGAGUACCUGGGUGGUGAGAUGUCAAUCAUGACAGAAAUCAGAGGAAGACCAAUAAAGUCCAGUUGGUUCUCGUGCACCUGUUGUCUGGCUGGAAGUCAGUACACAAUACUUUUUCUCAGGUUCUGCAAACAGGCUACUCUUCAGUUCUGCAUCAUUAAACCCAUCAUGGCCUUCAUCACUCUGCUGUUGCAGUCCUUUGGUCUUUACUCAGAUGGGGACUGGAGGGCAGACCGUGGUUACCUGUACAUAACAAUCGUCUAUAACAUCAGCGUGUCGCUCGCCCUGUAUGCACUUUUCCUGUUCUACCAGGCGACUAAAGAUCUCCUUAGCCCCUAUUAUCCUGUGUUGAAGUUCUUCACCAUCAAGUCGGUCAUCUUUCUAUCCUUUUGGCAAGGAGUGGUACUCGCGGUGGCAGAAAAAGCUGGUCUUAUUCGUACCUACAACCAUAUAUCGGCCGGUACAAUAGCCGCCGGCUAUCAGAACUUUAUCGUCUGUAUAGAAAUGUUCUUCGCUGCUAUAGCGCUUCGCUACGCCUUUCCCUACAUGACGUACCUAAGCCAGCGAAAAUUAAAUCAGCAAGGGCAGGGCAUAGCGCUGAAAAGUAUCUCCAAAAACCUCAAGCAAACCAUGAACCCAAGAGACAUUGUAGAUGAUGCUAUUCAUAACUUCUCUCGUUCCUACCAACACUACGCGAAUGCACAGAACUUGAAAACGUUAGGCGACGAUUCCUCUGCUAGUCCGUACAGGCCUAGCACCUACCAGAGUUCGACACUCGAGGUCCCGGAUGUUAACGAAUCGGUGGAGACACCGGGUGAAGCCGUCGACGGAUUUGAUUCGUUCAGACGUGGAAUGCAGGUCACUGUGAUUGGUGGAUAUCAUGGCGACCAUAGCAACCUAGGUAGUCAUAGUAACCAUGUGCAUCAAGGGCGCAAAGGGAAGGAAACUGAGAAGUCGAAUCUUCUUGAUUCGGAUAGUGAUUUUUACUAACUAAAAACCGUACAUACAUGUGUGCCUUGUUUUCAAACAUGCGAUAAAAGUCUAAAUUGAGUAAAGUGUAUUAAGCAGAUGCCCUCACAUAGCGUAGCACAGACUCGUAGCGUAUUACAGAAUCAGUAACAUGUCAAAAUCCCACCGAACGAGUAUUUAUAGGGCAUUGCCCUAGAGUGAAAGUCUCAUACACACAUUAUGCUGUCACUUCUUGUAACCCCUCACAUCAAAGUAAAUCUCACACUAAAUAUUUGAAACCCUAACUAGUGGAGGGGUUUACUAGCGCGACGACACAGGUUAAUUGUCCCGAAACGGACACACAAGGCGCGGGUAACGGACACGCCCUUUUCGGGCAACCCUCUUCUCCAUACGCAUGCACGUCAUUUGUACAAAAAUAUAAAUAAUGCCAGAUUUUUAGCUUAUAGUUUUGUCGUGAAAUUUAAAGUUUUUUAAGGUUGCCUUGUUUAAGGAAUAUAUCUUGACUUUGACGCUAAAUUUAUGAGGUACACAGGUAAACUAUGCUUGUGAUGCGUCCAGUAAGGUUUUGUGUAAAAAAAAGUCACAGCUGUAAGUAUCUCUCAAGCGGAAUCUAGAUCCCAAGAAUGUAAAUAUGAAGGUAUUAAAGCAGAUAGAAUAAAUCAA